CAGCGGAGCGGGGUCUGUGCGGGGGCCGCAGAAGAGGAGGUCCUGAAAGGAAGAACCAACAAGGAAAGCGCUGCACCGGCUGGCCUGGCCUGCCUGUAGCGAACUUUCUUCAGAGAGGAUUGGCUCCUUCCCUUUCACCUCUCCUCCGUCUCCUCCCUUCUUUCUCUCCCAAACCUUCAUACGCACCAGUCCUCUCCAACUCUCCAACGCAGCAAGGCGAAAAGAAGGAAGAGAACAGUGAAAAGGAGCCGCAGCAACUUUUUUGGACCAACAGGAAACUUCUAAGGAUGGCAAACGUGGCAGUUCUGCAGACGGACAACUUGGAUACGCAAAGGGAGUAACUUUUUUUUUUUUUCCCUAAAGAGGUAAACAUAAGUGAGGAAGCGCUUUUUUGAGGGGGUCCAACGUAUGAGACGUCAAAGUUUUCCCUCGGAUAACAAAGCGGGAUUCCUCUGAGCUGGAGCUGAAGCCAACAGAUUUCAUGUCCUCGGAUUUCUGCACAGGGCAGUGAAGGAUGCCAGGAUGCCCUGUGUGAUGAUCUCCCAUCUGCUCGUCAUCUGGCUGAGUGUCCACAGGCUGGUGUGGUGCUCGGAGCGCGCCUCGGCACGGGAGCGCUUUAAGGUGGUCAUCGCGCCCCUCAUCUGCAAGCGGAUCUGCCUGAAGGGAGAGUGCCAGGAUAAUUGCGAGCAGGGCAACAACACCACGCUGAUCGCGGAGAACGGGCAGGGCGCAGACACGCUCAUCGGACAGGGCUUCAGGGUUGUUGUGUGUCCCUUGACAUGCAUGAAUGGAGGAGUAUGCAGUUCCAGGAAUCAUUGUCUCUGCCCUCCUGGCUUCACCGGUCGGCUCUGUCAGUUUCCACUACAGCAAGCCCAGGCUGCACACGGCAACAGGCAGCCCGUGUACCCUGCUUCUCUAAAACCAGAUGGCCAAAAGCUGGUGGAGCACACGGCCAUGGGGCGCACCCAGAUGACACACGCGGUUUUCCCUCUGCCCUUGUCACAAGUGGGGCACCACUCAUCAGAAGUGCAGAUCAACGUACGUGUUCACCACACGCCAGACACCUCGGUCAUCAUUCUGCCCCACGACCAAGCAGACUCCAUACCUCCUCACAAAAUGGUAACACGGCCCUACGCAGUGAGACACAAACCAAAGGGGCGCUGCUUUCAGGAGACCACGCCCAAACAGGCCUGCAACAGCACGCCGCUUCCUGUCCUGACCAAUCAAGAGGAUUGCUGUGGCAGCGUGGGAAACUCAUGGGGACAGAACAAGUGUUACCAGUGCCCCAAAUUACCAAAUGCAUCAGUCAAACACACCAUUGUGGAAGAUUACGGCUCUACCUGUCCACAAGGCUAUAAACGAUUCAACAGCACUCACUGUCAAGACAUCAAUGAGUGCACCAUGCAUGGAGUCUGUCAGAAUGGAGAAUGUCUUAACACACUAGGCAGUUUCAAGUGUUCCUGCAAAUCCGGUUUUGUUUUGGAGAGGAAUCGAUGUGUUGAGUCUCCACCAGAGCAGGCGCAGUGCUUCCUGAUGGCAUCUGACAUCAGGGGCUGUGAGCACCCGCUGCCGCACCAAAUCACCCAGGAGAUGUGCUGCUGCACUGUGGGCAAAGCCUGGGGCCGCAAAUGUGAGAGAUGUCCUCGGGUGGGCACAGUGCCCUUCAGUAAGAUUUGCCCUGCUGGGAAAGGAUACUUUCUCCAAAGUAUAACAGAGACUGUGGCUUUGCCUCCCAUCAUCUUUCACCACAAUCUACCAGUUGUGACGGAGAAGCCUCCAGAGCCGACCACCGUGCAGCAGCCUUCCAUCAGCACAACCCGGCCACGAGUACCUGUUGUUAAACCCACUCCUCCGACAAUCGUCCGAAUCCCCCCUGGCAAUGACCCCCUCGAAAUAGAGACUAAAGAUAUACUGGGGGCAGAUGAAUGUGGGCUGAGCAGAAACAUUUGUGGUCAUGGAGAGUGUGAGAACAGCCCAAACGGCCACAUCUGUCAGUGUUACCCAGGCUAUCAUCUGAACCUGCAGAGGAACAUCUGUGAGGAUGAUAACGAAUGUGACACAGAGCCAUGCGGCCAUGGUAGAGGCCGCUGCGUUAACACAGAGGGAGCGUACAAGUGUCAGUGUCGCCUGGGCUACAAACACAUGGUGCAGCAUGGAAGACUGAAGUGCAUAGACAUGAAUGAAUGCCUUAAGCCAGACAUCUGCGGUGUCGGAGGCCACUGUGUCAAUCUGCCUGGCUCUUUUAAAUGCGAUUGUCACAGCGGCUUUAGGACCAAGUCACACCGUUACCCAGCCUGUGAAGACAUUAACGAGUGUUUGAGUCCAGAAGCUUGUCCUAAUGAGCAGUGUGAAAACACACCGGGCUCCUAUGAGUGUGUGCCAUGUUUGCCAGGUCAUGAGGCCCAUGCUGGCACCUGUUAUGACAUUAAUGAGUGUCAGAAGCCUGGUAUCUGUCCUAAUGGGCAUUGUGAGAAUCUCCCUGGUACUUAUCGAUGCCUGUGCAAUGAGGGCUUCCUUCACUCUGUAGACAGCAAAAGCUGUAGUGACAUUGACGAGUGUGCGGACGUUCGACUGUGUGCUUAUGGCCGCUGCAUCAACACAGAAGGCUCCUUCAAGUGCCACUGCUACCCAGGAUACCAGCGCACACAGGAGGGCAGCCACUGUGAAGACAUUAAUGAGUGUGAGAGGCCAUCGAGCUGUCUGAGGGGCCGAUGUAUUAACAGCAUGGGGUCAUACCACUGUGAGUGCCAGAAGGGGUACACACUGGUCAGAGGCAGGGAAUGCCAAGACAUAGACGAAUGUGCUGCAGACAGGAAUCUCUGCCAGCCGUAUGGCUCAUGUGAGAACAGACUGGGCUCAUACGUAUGUGUCUGCAAUCACGGUUAUGUCCUCUCAGAGGACAAACGCAGCUGCGAAGCGGUUCGAAUGCUGACUGACGAGAAGAAGGAGUGUUAUCUGAACCUUGAUGACACAGUGUUCUGUGACAGCGUUUUGGCCAUCAAUGUCACCAAACAGGAGUGCUGCUGCUCCAUCGGAAUGGGAUGGGGGGAUCACUGCGAGAUCUACCCCUGCCCCGUCUCCCACUCAACUGAGUUCCACUUCCUCUGUCCACACGGACAAGGUUUCUACAGUGAACAAAGACUUCAGUACAGUCUACCUGCCUACCAUGAUAUUGAUGAGUGCACUCUGUUUGCUGAAGAAAUCUGCAAAAAGGGGCGUUGUGAAAACACUCUGCGAGGUUACGAGUGCUACUGUCAACAAGGCUUUUACUAUGACAGCAACCUUCUUGAGUGCAUUGAUGUAAACGAAUGCCACGAUGAGUCUCUUUGCUCCAAUGGUCGAUGUGUCAACACUGAUGGGGGCUUUUAUUGCAUCUGUGACCGGCCCUGGAUCCCCGACUCCAGCAGAAAAAAGUGUGUGAUGCCAACAGUAGCAGACAUCAAUGAGUGUGGCAACCCAGGAAACUGUAAGAAUGGCUUAUGUGUGAACACAGUGGGUUCGUACUACUGUGUUUGUUCUCUGCCCUGGACUCUGGCCAUGGACCGAAACAGCUGUGUGACUCUCGAGGAGCAGGCUGAUGUGAAUGAGUGCCAGGACCCCUCGUACUGUAAGAAUGGGAGGUGUGAGAACACGCCCGGCUCCUUUCACUGUUUUUGCGACCCUCCCCUCACCUUCAGCGCGGCGCUGAAGCAGUGCGUCUAUGACGAUCGUACUGCAGCCCAUAAAGAUGUGUGUUUUGAGCAGGUGGACGAGGGUCUCAUCUGCAGUCGGCCCUUCGACAAAGUGGUGACUUACUCUGAGUGCUGUUGUCACUACGGCCGUGGCUGGGGGCCGGAGUGUAACACCUGCCCACCCAGAAAUUCAGAAAUGUUCAGUCAUCUAUGUAAGAUGCAACUCGAGACUGAGUCGGAUGGGGAUCAGGAUUUCCUGGCAGCUUUCGCAAACUACAACCCAGGUGACAGUUCAGAGGAGGAUUCAGACGAAUGCAGCUGUGCAAAUGGCCGCUGUGUCCGCUCCUACCUGGGCACCAUGUGUGAAUGUAACGCAGGCUUUAGGCUAGACCACUCCCGUGCUCGCUGUAUAGACAUUGACGAGUGUGCAGAGCCGGGCCCACGCACCAGCCCCUGCAAAAACGCUCGCUGUGUGAACACUCCCGGCUCAUACAAGUGCUUCUGCAAACACGGCUUUGUGGCCUCACGCCGUCAAAACGUAUGCGUGCGCCGCAGAACUCAGUAAGGAUCUGCGCGCCGUCCGGAUUGUCCAUGUAAACGCAGCAUAACAUCGCCCCAACAGACAUGCUGUCGCACAACUCUCUGUCCUUGUAUGGCUGCGUGAAUACGCUACCAACCUGAAAGCAUGGUUCACCUUGGGAGAUACGUAGACCCAUCUGAAAUGUACAAAACAUUAUCUUUUUCCCACCCUUUCACUUCAAAAAAUAAGCAAACCACAUUAGGAUAAUGUUUGUUUAAUGGUUAAUUUUCUUGUAAUUAUUGUUUUCUAAACUCUUUUUUAGUUUAAUAUUAAAGUGUAUAUUUGUGUGAUUUUUUUGUGUUUAUUGACAUCCUCCAUUGGUUUGAUCAUGAGCUCUAGUUUUAAAAAAGAAAUACAUCUCAAAGAUCUCCAUGGCAUUACUGUUGAAAUUUUUUACAUUCCCCUUUAAACCCACAUCCAGUCAUGUUUAAUAAUACAUUAUCUGAAGUGUAUUUUCUACAGUAAUUAUUACACAUUGUUUGUGUUUUUGUACAGUUUGUUCAGUGGAAUGACCCCUUUGCUCCUCUGUUUAUUUGUUGAUGUAAAGUAUGAAAUAAAUGAGGAUUUUGUUACCAUUUGACAAGUGCACCAAAACGGACUUUGGGGAAGAGGUGAGGUUGAUGCACAAUGCAGUAGGAAUAUAGUGGGAAAUGUUUGCUAAAUGUAUCUUCUUCUAGAAAAAGACCGGAAAGCUGUUAUAUUUGCUGAAUCAAAUUAUUAGCCAAAGAAGCUGUUGGGAGGAGACAAAUGUAAUUAAAAAAAUCACUUUUAGAAAA